AUGAAUCGACGCGUCCUUUCAUAUGCUCCAUUGCUCGCCGUUCUGGGCAGGGCCAUAGCUGAGCCAGUUUUGGCCAUUGACGCCGACUUUCCAGAUCCCAGUAUCAUACAGACAGAGAGUGGGUACUGGGCAUUUGCGACAGAGGGUAACGGAGUCAAUGCACAGGUUGCUACUUCACCAGACUUCUCUACCUGGACUCGCCUUUCAGGUGUAGAUGCAUUGCCAGGGCCGUUUCCGUCCUGGGUAGACUCCUCUUCACCGGCCAUUUGGGCUCCGGAUGUCCUAGUGAUGCCCGAUGGCAGCUUUGUCAUGUACUUUUCUGCAAUCACAUCUAAUAACACAAAUCUACAUUGCGUUGGGGCGGCCACUUCAUGGAUUCCAGAAGGGCCUUACACGCCAGUCGAUAAUUAUCUCGCGUGUCCCUUAGAACAGGGGGGCGCUAUUGACCCUGACGGAUUUAUCGACAGCGACGGCACCAUUUAUGUUGUUUACAAGGUUGAUGGAGACACCCUAGAUAAUGACGGCACCACACACUCAACACCGAUCAUGCUUCAAAAGAUGGAGUCGGACGGCGUAACGCCAACUGGCGAUCCUAUCGAGCUUAUUGACCGCUCUUCUAUUGAUGGACCUUUGGUUGAAGCCCCCAGCCUGCUGCUGAGUAACGGAAUAUACUAUCUCAGCUUUUCAUCGAACUAUUACUGGACUCAAUCUUACGAUACUUCAUACGCGUACGCAACCACGAUUACGGGCCCGUGGACAAAGCAAUCCAGCCCCUACGCCCCGCUGUUGGAUACAGGAGUCGAGACGCGAUCAUCAGGUCCAUUGAGCGCUCCUGGCGGUACUGAUUUUUUGGUCGACGGCACCAAGAUUGUGUUCCAUGCCGAUCGGAAUGGGCAGAAUGCUUCAGACGGACGUGCCAUGUUUGUGAGCGAGAUAAGAGAAGCCAACGACGUGAUUACUUUGGAUUGA